CUCCGUGCUCCGGGCCAUCUGGGCUGUCUGUGCUUUCUCCAUAGUCUUUGGGUCACCGCUGGAGUGUCCUAUCGGAGAAACCGUCGUGAACAGCGCACUGCUCGGCUCGAAAUUUCUCGGUUCUGCCGAGGUGCAGAUGCUGGUCCCCGUCGUGUCAGCUCUAAUUCGUCUCAAUACCAUCGAGUUCUGGGCCGCGCAACCCAACGGAGAAGCGAGGCAACAGGCCCUCACGCGCCUCGCCAUCAAGACGAUCCGCUCGGGGGACGGUCGAAGCGUCACAACCGCCCUGUUUUUGACAAGUGGCCGCAGCACAUUUGAAGAGGAGAAGCGAUGGGCGUAUGCGCAGUAUCUGGUCAAUCUCUCCGAGAGUCCUGCCAGCUUCCAGCGGGAAGUGACCAAUUCGCUCUUUCAUCGAUCACCGGUCCCCUUCCUGGCCGGAAACUACGACCCCGUCAUGGUAGAGGCUCUCGAACUGAUGAUUGGAUCAGAGUCGGGAGAGACGGCGGACAAUCAUGUCUUCGCUGCUCGUCAGGUGAUCUGCGCGAUCGCCCGGACAUUGAUAGAUCCACCUCCAACGGCAGAUGGGACCGUGCAUAUGCUGCCGUCCGGUCUUGCGCCGUUCCUCGUCCGACAUCCUUCCCUCGCCAUGUAUACACCGGGCUCUGUCUGGGAGUCCGGUCUGGGGGAAAAGUACACUCGAUACCUGUGCAACUGCAUGCUUUUCAACUUGGCGCACCGACUCGAUCUCAAGGCGUCUCUCGACUCCCUCCA